AUGGACACUAUAAAAAGUGAAAGUGAAGAUUUGGUAAACUGGUUUUAUGGACCGCCGUGGAAAAGAGCAAAGCGGCCUCUUUUACCCAAAAAAAGUGACGCUGAGGCGAUUACAGCGGAUAAGAACUCAUCUGCAUAUUCAAACCGAAGUGGUCAGAACGUCGUCUACAGUUUGCAUGAAGAGUCGUUAGGAUGCUUUAAUAUUUUCAAGCGUCAAAGAGAAGCGCUACAAAAAAAAGCUGAAGAGGGAAUGAAAGCUCGUGUAUUUUCUUUCGAACAUCCAUCUUGCCGGAGCGGCGGUCGCCUGUUCCUUGUAUCUACUUUGGAGCGAUUUUGGCUAUGGUAUAGCAAAAGAGAUGGACUUGCUUUUUAUGAGCUUAUUCCGGAUAAUACUCCAGUUAGACUGUUUUUUGAUCUGGAGUACUAUCGAGAACCAAAUCCUGAUGCAAAUGAAGAGAAAUUGGUUGCUGAAUUUAAUUCAUGCGUUAAAGAAACGCUCAAACAAAUGUUUGAUAUAGAUAUCGAUGUCGGCAAGCAUAUGUUGGUUUUGGAAGCUUCUACAGCAUUAAAGUUCAGUGAGCAUAUUAUUGUGCAUCUGCCUAAUUCUCAUCUUUUUCCCUCAUGUUCUUCUAUAAAAUCAUAUAUUAAUCUUCUCGAAAAAGAAAUGAAUUGUUCAAAUCGUGGGCUUGUCUUUAAUGCAGAUGGUACAAAAAAGGUUACCUUAUGUGAUACUGGAGUUUAUACAAUGAAUCGCAAUUUCCGUAUUUUUCUUUCGUCAAAAUUGAACAAGAAUAAUCCCCUGAAACUUUCUCCGCGCUGCAAGUACUACGAGACGAGAAAGGAGAAAGCUACACCUGAAAAGAUUUUUAUUGAUUCGCUCGUUGUCCCUCCCUCCCAGUCAGAUAUUAAAUCCAUUUUUAAAGAAAUUUCCUGUGAACAAAGGACCCGGAUAAAAGAGCGGAUUGUAAAUGACAGUUAUGUGGAGAUUUUAAGUGGUUACAGCGAAACAUCUCCAUUCCCAGUCCUUGAAGAUCACAUUCUGCAAAUAAACAGAAAGUGGAGACCUAAUGUAUCAGUAAGGACAUGGAAACUGACAAAAAAUUCUAAAUCUGGUCAUCGCUGUAUAACGUAUUAUCUUUCUGGUUGCCGAUUUUGUUUUAAUAUUGAGAGGGAGCAUCGAAGUAAUGGUGUUUACUGGGUGGUUGACUUGGAUGGAUGCGUGUGCUACCAGAAGUGUUUUGACGUGGAUUGCAAGGGGACCUCAUCAAAUCAUUUCCCUCUUCCACGUUUUGUUAUAGCUUCUAUUCCUACAUCAGCUGGUUUGCUUUAUGAGGUAGAUGAAUCCGUGGUUGGUGACGCAGCUGAACUUAACAAAGAAAAUACUGAUCUUAUAGUCUCGGUCGUUGGAAAGUGCAGAAUGCAAGAGAACGUUGAAGAACUCUCAGAAGAAUUGUCAAGAAUUCGCAGGCGGAGUGCUUUACUAGAGAAGACUGGCGUCCAGAAGGCAUUUGACUCGUUUUGCGACAUAAGUGAUGAUGCAAAGCUCUUAGAUAUCGUGGAAGCUUUUGAAAGUAAUGAAGAAAUUUCGAAGUGA